GACGAAAAACGCGAAAAUUGAUGAAAACUCGUAAAUUCAUGGCAAAUAAUCCAAAAAAAUCGUUGAAAACUGCGUGAAAAAUCGUAAUUUUUGUAUGAAAAUUAAUUUCCAUUGAAAAUCCUCCGAAAUAGCAAAAGGACCGUAAGAAAUUUUCCGCAACAUGGAAAACACGGAAAAUGCGUCCCAAAAUGCGACGCAAAAGCAAGUGCCACAACAACAAAUGCCAGCAGGAGUGAGUAAUGCAGAAACAUCGGUCAAGAAGUUGAUCCCGUUAAAAGGACUAAAGAAAAUUAACCCGGCACUCUUGAAAAAUGUCAAAGAUGCGAUGAUUAGUGCAGUUGCCAAGUCCAAAAUUGUGAAUAGUGAUGCAAAAACAACAACAACGUCAAAAACGCAAGAAAUUGUUCAUCAAAAACCACCGAAAAAGGAUGUGAAAGUGAAAAUUUUGAGUGUUGAGAAUCCGCAGUUGAACGUAAAAGAUCUUUUUCCGAAUUUGACGUUGCCUGAAGCUCCAAAAGUUCAAAAUUCAGAAGGAACUGCGUCAAAAAGUGAAAUGGCGAAGGUUUCAAAGCCAAUUCGCAGUGGAGCUAGUGAUGCCGUCAAAUUAGCGCUCGCUAAAAAACUUGCCAAUAAGAAGCUCGUAGCAGCUGCCAUCAAAAAUAAGUCUACGAGAAACGUCAAACCACCACCAAAAGAUCCUCCAGUAGUCGUUGAGCCGUCUAGCGAUAUGGAAAUUGAUCAAACGAUAACUUCUGUGAUGGACGUGCCAAGUACGUCGGGUCAUAUUGUGUAUGCCACCGAAUCUUUGACACCAUUAACGCCUUCGAAAAUCGAUAUUAGCUCGCUUCCCGUGAUAAUUGACGAUGGAACUCUUGCCCCAUUGAUCGUCGUGCCGCCCGCAGAGAAUUUUCAGCAGCAGAAUUUCGUUGUUUCGACGCCAUCCAGCGUCAAACGCAAAAUUUCCUUCAGCAAUGAGUCAGAUUCGGAAGUCAUUUUGAAAUCGCCUGCUAAAAAUCGUGAAGUUUCGGUGGCAAUUAAACAACCAGGUGUUGUACAAUUAGAUCCUCCAGUCAAAUUUCAUCAAAAAAUUGCGUCACCAGUAAAAAUCGAGAAAAAAUCCGAAGCUAUCGAUCUUGGCGAGUACACGGUCCAUCGUGGUGGUAAUCCCACAAUUCGAUCACCUUCAUCGAAUAUUCGAGUUCCCUUUGAAAUCCAUGGAGACACGAAGCGGAGAAUUUGUUUGACAAAAAUUACGACUUCUGAUCCGCAACUCAAGCAAAAUGUGCUGCAGGGAUGUCGAAAACUCGUAAAAUCCACAUCAACUCCCUUCGUGAAGAUCAAAGAUGAACGAGACUCGGACGAUGAAUUGCAUGGAUUCACGUCGGCGGAGAUCGAGGCAUCGAAACGCAUGAUGGAAAGUCGUUUGGGGUAUCUUAAACGCAAUUCGGAGGGAUCUUCAGAGAAAAAUAAAUCCACGGAAGAACCAAAAGUGAAACCAAAAGUUGUGGCAAACAUCAAAUCUAUGCUAAAAAACUCUUCGCUGCAGGAAAAAUUGAAGCAAGCAGUGGAGGCAAAUAGGAAAAAUAUGGUGGAGCUUACGAAGGAACCUGACAAAGUCACUGAAAAGUCACAAAAAAAGACGAAACAGACGGAAAUUAAAAAUUGGUUGGUGAAAAAAGCUACAGAAGUGCAAAAAUCUGAAGAAAAGUCUAUAAAAGAGGCUUUAACUCCAGUGAAAAUCGUUUCAAAUAAAAGUUCACCAAAAGUCAUCCCAGUCGUGAAUUCCAGUAUAGAAGAGGCGAAAGUCAUCAAGAGACCCAUUGAACGUUCAAGAAAGCAAUCAGAAGUUUGUGAGAGUCCGUUAAAAUCUUCUACAGAAGAUAUAAAAAUUUCAAAUAAAUCCGUUGAACGAUCAAGAAAAGGCUUAAAAACUGAUGAAAGUCCGUUAAGAGUAGAAAAAUCGUUUUCAGAAGAGCUCAAAGCCAUUGACGAAACAGUUGGACGUUCAAGAAAACAUUCAGAAACCCUUGGAAGUCCUCGAAAACGAGAAAAUUCUGUUUCAGAAGAAAUUAAAGUGAGUCAAAAGCAUGUUGAACGUAUACGAACACCAUCAAAAUCUACUGAAAGUCCUUCAAAAAGUCAAAAUUUAGUUCCUGAAUCCGUUGAACGUUCUAGAAAAUCCUCAAAAACCAGUGAAAGUCCGUCGAAAUGUGAAAAAUUAUCAAAUGAAAUAUCAAGUAGGUCGCGAAAAAAUAGUGAAAAAAUCGAUGAAAGUUCAAAAAGUAGGAAAAAAUCAAUUUCUGAGGUGAUUUCAGAGGCAAAAAGUGAUAAGAGUCCAUUAAAAUCACCAGAAAAAGUGACAAAUGAGGUUCAAAUUGACUCCACGCCACAAUCGCCGAACGUUAAAUCAUCUCUGCUGGAUAUUCGCGAGAAAUUAUCACAAUCUCUCGGUUCAAUAUCGAGUGCAAGUUCAUCAAAUCCCGAAAUUAGCUCAAUUUUGGAACUGCUGAAGCAAGAUUCACUUUUAAAUGAUUUUGUAAAAUUUGCUAAGGAGAAAAUGGUGAAGACUGGAUCUUCCGAAGUGGAAAAUGUUGAAAGUAGUGAAAAGGAAAAAUCAAAAAUUGAUCAAAAUAUUGCUAGUCCUUCAAAAAAUCAGAAAAAAUCGCAUGAAAAUGUUAAAAGAACAAAAAGUGUAAGUGAAGAAAUUAAAAGUCCCGUUCACGAAAAAUUAAAAAGUCCAGAAAAAGUUCAAGAAAAGCCAAAAGAAAUCGAGUCUGAUGACGAUUCUCGUGGAUUUGACGAUAAUUUCUGUUCUAGACCAGAAUCGCCUGUUGAUAGAACGGAAGAAACAAAAGUCGAUAAAGUAGAUUUGCCAAGUUCAAAGAAGACUGACGACAAUGAAGCAAAAAAAUCAAAGGAAAUUUCACAUGUGACAUCUCCAAUCAAAGUUCCUACACCUGUUGAACCGGAAAUUAAGUCUCCGAAAAAGGGUUUGGUAGAAAAUAUUGUUUUGGAGUCACAAAAAUCUGAAGAAACAUCAACAAAAACAGUUAUCGGCUCACAACGAAGUCUUUCAAUAAACAGAAAUAGCUUGCCAAAAACACUGAAACCAAAGAAAAAGUUCACUCCUUUGAUCCCAAAGGCGAGAAUGAAGGGAAUUUUGUCUAAAACAGUCAAUAAAGAUGCAAAAGUAGCAGAAAGUGAUAAAGAACCUGUAAAAACUUCGGAAAUUUUAAAUCCAGAAAUCGAAGAUUUAUCAGAAAACUCGAUUUUAGUAGAAAAUUCCACAGAAAAUCCUUCGAUAGAAGAAGGUAAAAAGUCUUCUGAAGAAAAUAAAGAGCUAAAAGCUCAUGAAACAUCAGAAAAAUCCGUAUCGCAAAGACGUCGAUCGAGUUUAAAAUCACCAACGAAGGAAGCUGAAGUAGUUUGUGAUGAAAAAAGAAGAAAAUCUAGCACUUCAGAGCAAAAAAUUUUGCUAGAAAAACCUAAAAGUGACUUAAAAAGUUCUGAAACACCAAAGAAACAACAAACAAAAGAACUUUUAGAAGACAAAAUCCUAGAAAAUGGCACAAAUUUACCAGAAACUGUCGUUGAUGAGCCGAAAAAUGAUCAAAAACUUGAAGAUUUAAACUCAAAACGACACAAAAGUAAAAGUACCGACCCAAUAAAAGAACUUUCAUCGAAAAAUUCAACUGAAAAUGAACCAGAAACCAGUCCAGUUGUUCCUGAACGUCGAAAAAGUCGACUUUUAACGCUACCCGAAGCAAAUAUUUCGAGCAAUGUGACUGAUUUUGACUCCUCCAUGGCUGAGUUUAUGGCAGAAAAUGUUGUUACUGAAAAGAAAAUGCCUGAAAAAGAAUUAAAAAUUGUUGAUGAACCUCCAGUGGUUGAACAAAUCGAACCAGAAAAAUCAAAAGAAGUGAUUGAAAUCGAUUUACCAAAAGAAAUCCCUUCAGAAAAACCUGAAUUAACUGAAAAACUCGAAGAAACAGCUCAAAACGAAGAAGUUGAAACACCAAAAAUACCGGAAACUCCUGUGUCGAAAAGAAGAGGUCGUCCAAAAAAAUCAACUCCGAUGGAAACUUCAACUCCAAAGGCAGGAAAGUCCUCUGAACCUGAAUUUCCUGUUGAAUUUGGACUUUUGCGACGCAAAGCAGCGACUCAAGCCGAUCAAAAACGACGAUCUAAGUCGAGUAAUGAGAUUCCGUCUACUCCUUUGCCUUCUGAACCCGAAAUUAAAGAAGAAUCGACGCCAACAGACACGCCAAAGUCACGUCGAGGCAGAAAACGAAAAAAUGAAUCAACUCCAAAAACGAUUCCUGCCGAGGAAAACAAUUCUGAUGACGACGACGAAGAACCUCUGAGUGCCUUGUCGAAAGGAAAACGAAAAAUUGACACUUCCACUCCAGCUCCUGCCCCAAAAAAGCACAAAGCUGACACGGAUUACACUUGUAGCGCAUGCAACCAAUUCAUAGAACGGAAAAAGUGGCUUAAGCACUUAAUUCAACACAACGGACUUGCAUGGCGCAUCGAACUGGAUCCCCCGAUUGACAUUGAAAAUGAAAAUGUCAAGUUGAAUACGAUGAUCCGCUUCCAAAAAGAACGAAGAAUUCCCGUUUUAACGUGCGAAAAAUGUGGCGAACAGAAGAAAUCAGCACUCGGUUUGAUUGGCCACCUGAAAAAAUGUGGAUUGGCACCGGAGGAACUCGACAAAGUAAAGAUCAAGUGUGAGCAUUGCGGUAGUUUAUGCAUGUCCUAUAGCAUGCCGAUCCAUUUGAGGAAUCAUUGUCGCGUUUUGAAGGAACGAGAAGCUGAGGAAAGGCAAAAAAUGUUGGCAGAAACUGCUCCGGUGGUGAAUGAAGAGCCAGAAUUUAAUGAUUCGGGAAGAGUUAAACGACGAGCGGUCAAAAAAGCUGAGGCAUUACUUAAAGGCGAAAGUAAUUUAGAUUUCAAUCCUGAUCAGUUCAUAAUCGGAAAGAAAAAACACAAAAUCAACGUCCGCACGAUCAACAAAUGGCAAAAAAUCCUAGAAGAAGGUGAUUUAAUUGGUUGUUACCACAACGCCGAUUGUCAAGUCAAAAGCAAAUCUAUCGAGGAAGCGACUCAACACCAAGAGACUUGCGAAUUUGCCAAUUUAAUUUAUUGCGCCGCUUGUUGCUUCCGUUCCAACAGCCGAAAUGAAGUUUUUGAACAUGUCAAAGCGAAUCACGGUCCCGGCGAUGAACGAAAAUUCUUCGAAGACGAGGACUCGGACGCAUACGAGGCAAAAUCUGACAAUGCUGAGAGUGAAAGUGACAUUUCCGAAGGCGAAGAUGAAUCUGAUAUCGAUACGCCGACGGAAAAUGACGGCUCGGACGUGGAAAAUACGAGAAAAGCAAAUAAACGUCGUCGAAUCGAAGAUCAAAGACAUUUGGCGAGAAGUAAUGAUGUUGGGAUGAACCCGAAAUAUCAAAUGUUGCGUUACAUGACGUUUAAAGAGUUGUCACAGUUUAAGUCAGCAGCUGAUUUGUUGAUAGAAUUCUACAAAGAAAAUUACUCACUUGACGGUUUGUAUCCAGAAUUGAAGCCGAAGCAAAUAAAAAUUUUAGCAGCAAAGGAAAAAAUCGCUUAUGAGCCUAUAAUUCGUUCAUCAAUGAAAUAUUUCAUUCAAACAGCUUCCAAAUACAGUCCGGAUCCCAUUGCAAUAAAAGUUGAAAACGAUCAAUGGAAAAGUUUGUCACUUUAUGAAUCUUCUACAACAGACUCGUCAAUUCUGUUUGUCGGUGGUUCGGUGACAUCAAUGCAGUGGCUUCCGUUCCCCGAUUCCUACAACGGACCUCAAAUACUAGUCGUUACCAGCAAAAGGGACCCAAAUAGUUUCAUGAGUUACGCAAAAGCUGCUCCCGAAACGUCUUUUAUUCAACUUUGGUCCUUUGAAAAAUCAUCUCGGACAAAGACAAAUGCCAAAAUAGGCGAAAAUGUGUCGCAUUUGUACUCAAUCGCUAUUGAUGAUGGUCCAAUUUGGGAUUUAAAAGUCUGUCCGAGUGGCGGUUACGUCGAAAAUGAACGUUUAGGAUUAAUUUCCUGCACAAGUAUUUCUGGAAAAGUUUUUCUUUAUGCCCUGCCGUCGCUGGAAAACAUUAAAAACGGAAAAUCUGACGGAACGAUGAUUAAAUUAGAGCCUAAUUUAAUUCUAGAUUCCGGAAUUACAGCUGAAAAUGUUUUUGGAUGCAAAAUUGCAUGGAGUCGUCAGAAAAAUCAUUCGUUACUUGCUGCUGGAUUCUCGAAUGGAGUGAUCGCUAUGUGGAAAUUAGACACAAAUUCGUCUCUUCUUCGAAGAAAAUCAUCAAACGGAUUAAUUUUGUCUCCAAUUCAGACAUUUGUGGCACAUCAGGAAGCCGUUACUUGUCUCUGCUUCCAUCAUUCGUCAAAUGGGGACUAUUUACUGAGUGGAAGUCAAGAUCGUCGUUUAAAAGUGUUCCAAUUGAAUAACGACACGGAGCCAUUGGAAAUUUUCAUUCUCAAAUGUCCGAGUCGUGUUUCAUGCGCUGAUUGGCCCGUUAAUUGGAUCGCUUUCUUCUACGGAAGUGACAGUGAAUUUUCCUAUCAACGCAGCGAACUUAAGCUCAAAAACCCGAAUGAGCUUGGACCGUUAUUGGAUUACGGUUCAAUGUGCAAUAUCUCAAGUACAAUCACGGAUGUCGCGGUAAAUGAGUGGAAUGACGUCAUUUAUUACGGAUCGGUAGCUGGCGAAGUGCUUGGAUGUUAUCGCCCGAAUUAUCUUCUCACUACUGGAACGGAAAAAACUAUCGAAAGAUAUGUCUACAGUUUCACCCAACUUUGUCCCAUCUCAAAAUCAACUGAACAAGGAAUCGUUUUUUCCGACUUGAGUAACAAAUCAUCAAUUGUCGAAAAGAAAACCGUUUGUCAAAACACUCGCAAGGAAGAUAUUUCCCGGUUGCCGUGUGAAAAAGUCAGCAAAAUCAUAAUUAACCCGAAUAAGUCAUAUUCUAAAUAUUACGCUGUUGGUUACGAGUCCGGAUUCGUGCGAAUCAAGAAAAACUCGGCAGACGACAAAUAAAGGUCGAUAAAGUAGAGAUGAACUAUUUCUAGUGUACGAGGUCAAUAAACGUCCUUGGCCGAGAAAACACACUUGUUAGGAGUGACACACAUUUUAUAUUUUUAUCAAAGUUUUUACGAUGAUAUUGACACGUUUUUUUCUGUAAAAAAAAAUUUCUAAAUAUGUAAAGUUAUUUAACUAAUAAUUAAUUAAUUAAUACGUACGUUAAAAACUGUAAGCUUUUUAGGAUGUAAGUAAUUUAUAUAAAUAUGGAGAUAAA